CGGCCGUUUCCGCGUCUUCUGAGCUCAACAUCACCAGUUGGACACCACCAAACCCGACCCAUUGCGCCUGCCCCACGCUCGACAUGGCCUUCAGACCGCUGUUACGGCAGCGCGCCGCUGUCCCCGCCAUGGCCGCCCUCUCCGCCGCAGCAAUCUUCGCACCCCGGACCGUCUACGCAGAGGAGCGACCUGCGGACCAUUUUAACCGCAAACCUAUCUACGAUGAUAUGCCCGUGGACACCACAGCGCCUACCGCUCCCGCCCUAGCAGAACCGUCCAACUCGCCUUCAUCUCCAGAGUCUACCUACCGACCGACACCAACCGACCGCCUCGCAGUCCAGAUCGGCCGUGCGCGCAUGGCUCUAUACGAGCAGGCUGUCCGUGGCGAGAAGGCCGUCGAUAACGCGCUCACAGAGACGCUCCGUCUCGAGCACUCCUUCACAAGCACCAUCCGCUCAUUGGCCCCACCGAGGGAAUCCGGCGAGAAGGUCCUUCCGGGCGCACUCUACGUCCUCGUCUCCUCGAUGGCCGGCUCCAUCAUCACGCGCAACCGCAACAUCCUCCUUCGAACCUCCGUCCCCGUCGCUGUCGGCAUCACCGCUGCCAAGUUCGUGCUUCCCAUUACCACCAAGAACGUCGGAGACCUCAUCUGGACCUACGAAGAGAAAUACCCCGUACUAGCGGAUACCCACCUGCGGAUGAAGAACAGGAUCUCGCAAUUCAUCGAGACUGGAAAGGCACAUGCACAGGGAACUGUUGGAAUGGUCGAGGGCAAGCUGGCCGAUACACGCGAGAAUCUGGAAGGCUGGGUCAAGAAGGGCCGGUAAAUAAUACCUUAUCAAAAGCUUUCCAUGGCACGAGUACCUGUACAUUAUUAGUAGCGGGGCAUAGGUGGGAAGACCGUCUUCACGCAAUGUGAUUUGCAUUUUCUUUUGUUCUGCAGCUUCCUUCUCGUGUCGUCGAUUUUGUCAGUCUGAGACUGAUGUUAUUCGCCAAAUCGUCCAAGCAUAACCAUUGCCUGAUCCUCCCAGCAUUUCUGUCCGUCCUCUAAUCGCUUUUGUCAUAAUUCAG